UAGGUAGGGUUGGCAUGGCUCUACAGUUGGCAGAGGAGUGGUCGCACUUUCCCACGAUAUUGCAAGUAUUGGAGGAACAAGGGGACACGGAGCUGCUCAGGAAUUACCUGGAAGUUUUUAAAGAUAAAGGUUUCGAUGAGUUUAUCUUCCAUUAUUAUAUUGAUAAUAAGAACAUCAAGCAGUUGAUAGAGCUCACUAACUUGUUCCCAGAGUCACUGAGCAAGUUUCUUAAUGAGUAUCCAGAGCUUCAGUGGCUUCACCUAAUAGCCACUGACAAGUAUAAUGAAGCAUCAGACUCACUGAGAAGAGUAUCGGAUAAUGAGGAAACUUUCUUAUCACGAAAGAAGACUGCACUGAGUCUCAGUAAGCUAGCACUACUGGCUGCUGGGGGCCACUCAUCAGCAAAGACUGUUGGUGACUUGGAGGAGAUCAACUGUGAGUUGCAAAGGAUUGAAUAUGCUGAGAAACUACCGGAAAAUUCACUAAAGAAAAUAGGCGUGAAGGAUAUUAAUGAUUUGCCUCCAUUGCCUCCUGAAGAUGUCAUUAAAUUGUUUCUUGAGGGAGAGGACAAUCAGCUAAUGUACACAAUGUUUGCACUUAAUUAUCUUCUACUUGCUUAUCCUGAAUCAGAGAGUGAAGAGAGAAGACAGUUACAAGUAUUGAUCUGGAGUCAUGUGUUACUACAAACAAAUUGGUCUGAGUUCAAUACUGGUGGAGACAUAAUGGAGGAACUUCAGGAAUCACUCAUGUUUAAGCUGAUGAAUGAAUGCCAUCAUAAUUUUGCUGAUGUUAAGCAGUUGUUGCCUGCAAUUGAAGACUUGCUCUCAUCUCAGUUGUUGGUUGAUAAAGGAUUGGAUAGUUCUGCUAUAUUGAUCUAUUGUGUCAAGUUGUGCUAUGAAAGAGUCACUGAACUCCAGCGUUAAUAUUAAUUUUUAAUAGUUGCUGAGUUGGCAAAUUUACACCAAAAUAAUUGUAAUUAUUAUUUUA